AUGACACCUGUCAAGCAUGCAGGAUGGGCCACUACAGAGCAGCCAGUGAGAGCGGAGGAUGCCGACUGUGUCCACAGAACAGCGGACGCAGGGGAGGGAUCCCAGAGGUGCGACUGUCUGCAGGGUUUCAGCCGCCUGCCCACUGACCCUGAUGACCUUGGCUGCACCAAGCCGCCCUCUGCUCCUGUGAAUCUAACAGCCCAUCAUCACAAUGACUCUGUGCUGAUACUGACAUGGGAUCCUCCUCAUGACCGGGGAGGCAGACAGGAAGUCAUGUAUCGUGUCAAGUGUGAGAAGGGGGCAGACGAUGGCAGUUGGUGGGAGGCAUGUGAGGACAAUGUGGUUUUUCUGCCAAACUCAGCGAGGCUGACCUACACUUCAGUCAGCAUCACAGAACUGAAUCCACAGUGCGACUACAGACUGUCAGUGCAAGCCUGGAAUGAUGUAUCCACCCUGCAGGGGGCGCCACCUUCAUCCACGGCCACUGUUACUAUGCACAGAUGGAAAGUUCCACCUGUGGUGAUCACUGUGACCCCAGCCUUCAACGUCUCAGAGCCCGAAAUAGCUCCUUCAGUUCCUCAGCAACAGAGCCGCCUCUCAAUGUGGCUGACGGUUGGUGUUUUAUUCGGCGUCCUGCUGAUCAUGGCUGUGAUCCUCAUUGUUGUGUGUGUCCUGCGCAACGACAAUAAACUCAGGUUUGAGCAGGAAGUAGAGCUUUUGCCGAUGAAUGCUGAAAUUUCCUACCGACGUCCACAGGAAGUGGAAGCUGCACCCCAGCAGGCCAACGUGGUAGAGGGGGUGGUCCAGUUGUUGGAGGGACUGAGCGGCAGGCUGCUGGAAAGUCUUAAGGAGGUCCUGGUGGAGAGGAGCACGCUCACCCUGGGCAAAGAGCUAGGCAAAGGAGAGUUUGGCUCAGUCUAUGAAGGGAUCUAUACGCCAGACGAAGGUAUGGACAUCAAGGUAGCUGUGAAGACCAUGAGAGUUGGAAUACACAGCCAGGAGGACUUACACGAGUUUCUGAGAGAGGCUGAGAUCAUGAAGAGUUUUGAUCAUGAAAAUGUGGUCCAACUACUCGGGGUUACGCUGCAGAGAGAGCAGGACUGUCCUCUGCCUGUCCCUCUGGUCAUCCUGCCCUACAUGAAACACAGAGACCUGCGCCGCUUCCUCAUUGCUACACGAUAUGGUGAAAUUCCUAUGUUUGUACCCCAUCAGAGUCUCCUGCGCUUCAUGGUGGACAUUGCAGCAGGGAUGGACUAUCUGAGCUCGCAGGGCUUCUUGCACAGAGACCUGGCUGCACGCAACUGCAUGCUGGGUGAUGACCUCAGGGUGUGUGUGGCUGACUUCGGCCUAUCCAAGAAAAUCUACAGCAGCUUUUACUAUCGUCAAAAAGUGGCCAUCCGUGUGCCAAUCAAGUGGAUGGCCAUGGAGAGCCUGUCUGAGUCAGUGUACACCACCAAGAGUGACGUGUGGUCUUUCGGCGUAACCAUGUGGGAGAUUGUGUCCCGAGGGAGGACUCCCUAUCCUGGAGUCCACAACCAUGAGCUGCUGGACCUGCUGCUGUCCGGACACCGGCUCAAACCACCUGAUGACUGUGACCACAAGCUUUAUGAAGUCAUGCAUAGCUGCUGGGAUAAGGAGCCGACCCGCAGGCCUUGCUUCAGGGAACUGGGCGAGACCCUGAAAGCUCUUCUGUCAGAGCUGCCGAUGCUGGAGGCCAGCCAGGAGGCGAACUACAUCAACUAUGGCCUGGAGGUUGCUGCUGCUGUUGCAGGGGCCGCCUCCUCUCAGGAUCCACUGGCAGAUUCUGGGGGAAGAGGGGAAAAUGUCUACCUGCCUUCUCCUGUGGGUCCUGCUGCAGCCAGGGAGGAGGAUGUGGAGGUAGAGGAUGGCUACCUAAAGCACAUCACUAGCUCAGCAGUUAACUGGGAUGAUGACCACUGAAGAAGACAGCAUUUUUAUAAGUUACAAGAUUCUUUAUGAAAGUGAACUUUAAUGAACUCUGUAUGUGUGUGUUUGGGGUGUGUGUGUGUGGGGGGGGGGCACAGGCCUCCCUCAUCUGACCAUCAUGUUUGACCCCCUUUUAAUGAAAGUUACUAUAGAGCGAAAGAAGGACAGAGAAAA